AACCAAGGGGGUGGAGUUAGACAAACUCCACUCACGGACCAGAGUCAAACCAGAUUGUUCUGCAGAGACACGGACCGAUAAACAGACGAUCAGAUUCCCCUUCAGACCAAACUAACAACUUCCUUUGAGUGAGUUCAGCUAUAGGAGAGAAAAGUGGAAAACUACAACACUGCUGCUUCAACCUGCUGACGCUCCACACUCUGAAGCUUCUCCAAGAGACAAAAUGGCUUCCAGAUCAGAGGAGGAUCUCUGCUGUCCGGUCUGUCAUGACGUUUUUAGAUAUCCUGUUCUUCUGGCAUGUAGCCACAGCUUCUGUAAAGACUGUCUGAGGAGAUGGUGGAGACAGAAAGAAGCACGCGAGUGUCCAGUUUGUAAGACAGUAUGUUCAUGGAAGAAACCACCAUUUAACCGGGCGUUAAAUAACAUGUGUCAGACCUAUUUGUUGGAGAGAGAUCAGAGAGAUUCAGAGGCUCUCUGCAAUCUGCAUGCUGAGAAACUGAAACUCUUCUGUCUGGACCAUCAGCAGCCAGUGUGUGUCGUUUGCAGAGAUUCACAAAUACACAGCAACCACAGAUUCAGACCCAUCGAUGAAGCUGCACGACAACACAAGAAGGAACUUCAGGAAACUCUGGAGCCUGUAAAGAAGAAGUUAAAGGUUUCUGAAGAUAUUAAAGUGAAGUUUGAUCAAACAGCAAAACACAUUAAGGUCCAGGCCCGACACACAGGGAGGAAGAUUAAGGAGCAGUUUCAGAAGCUUCGCCAGUUUCUAGAUGAGGAAGAGGAGGCCAGGAUGGCUGCACUGAGGGAGGAAGAGGAGCAGAAGAGUCAGAUGAUGAAGGAGAAGAUGGAGGCUCUGAGCAGAGAGAUAGCAGCUCUUUCAGACACAGUCAGAGCCACAGAGGAGGAGCUGAGAGCUGAAGAUGCUGCAUUCCUGCUCAACUACAAGGAUGCAGUGGAAAGAGUCCAGCAGCGCCCCCUGCUGGAUGAUCCACAGCUGCCCUCAGGAGCUCUGAUAGACCAGGCCAAACACCUGGGCAACCUGACCUUCAACAUCUGGAGCAAGAUGAAGGACAUGGUCUCCUACACUCCUGUGAUUCUGGACCCAAACACUGCUGAUCCAAGACUCAUCCUGUCUGAAGACCUGACCAGCGUGAGACGAGGAGAGGAGCAGCAGCUUCUUGGGAAUCCAGAGAGGUUUGAUAAAUUCCCGUCUGUUCUGGGCUCUGAGGGCUUCAACUCAGGGACCCACAGCUGGGAUGUCGAGGUUGGAGACUGUUCAGUCUGGUUUCUGGGUGUGUUAGCAGAGUCUGUCCAGAGGAAGGGACUCAUCCAGUCUGGAUUAUGGACAAUGGGGUUGCAUAAAGAUAAAUACUCAGCAUGCUCACUAGGUUCAUCCACAGUUCUCAGAGUGCAGAAGAAGCCCCAGAGGAUCAGAGUGAAUCUGGACUGGAAUAUUGGAGAGCUGUCGUUCUGUGAUCCUGAUACUAACACACACAUACACACCUUCUCACACACUUUCACUGAGAGGAUGUUUCCAUUUAUUUUCACUGGGAAUAAACUGCAGAUAUCACCUCUGAAGAUCCGUGUGACAGUAGAACAGAACAGUUAGAGAUAAAUAUUCAUGGUGUUUAUUUCUUAAAGGGGAAAAGUCUCUGAAUUUAACCUGUUGAGCUGCAUCUGCUCCUUCUGGAGGGGCAGGUGCAGCUCAACAGGUCUCAUUAUUCCAAAAAUGUUCUAUUCUUCUUAGAUUUAUUGUCAGCUUUUGUUUAUAUUAUCGAUCUAAAAUUAUUUCAUUUAGUUUCUGAUUUAUAGUUUCAGGUUCGUUUAAACUGUUUAUGUGUCAUUUUAAAUUGUUUGUUGUUUUUAUUAUUAUGACUUGUGUGUGUGAAGCCAUGAAGACCAGGAACCACUUCUAGGAAGCUGAUUUCACACUGUAAUUUACUUCCAGCUUCCUGUAGCAGCAUCUAAAAACAACCCAGUCGUCACUAAUACUAUUAAUAUUUGGCUUCACUUCAGCAAACACUACAGUUUACACAGAGCUUCAAUCCAAAUCAGUCCACUGGUCCUAAACAUUCAGUUAGUGUCCCAGUCCUGUUCAGAACUGCAUUUUAACAAUUGGCCCUUCAGUUGCCUCGAAGAAGUUAUCUCUUUGAUUUUUAUUAUUUUUUAUUUUUGUAUGUUCUUUUUGUUAUUUAGUUUGAAAAUCAGGUUUUUGUUUAUAUUGUCAAUCUAAAAUUAUUUCAUUUAGUUUCUGAUUUAUAGUUUCUGGUUUGUUUAAACUUUUUAUAUCUUGACUUUGCGAUGGAAAUUCUGCAUGGACACGACCAAUACUAAAGGAAAACACAUAAUAAAUUAAAGCUGAAAUCAGUGUUGGACGGGCCCUUGCACGUGAAGCGCUCUUAUCAGGGCGGGACUCUUAUCAUUCUUGUAAAGUUUGGUACAGAUAUGAGCAUGUGCACUGAAAUUACUACAACUUCCUGUUUCAUGGUGAAACAUUGAUUUUCGAUGACACGGACGGGAAAAGUUUUUAUUUUUCAUCUCCAAUAUCUUUUCAUUGCACAGCGAAAAUUUUAAGGUCGAUUUGCUUAAUUGUCUUGGAGGAGUUCAAUGAUGAUUCAAGUUACUCGGUUAUAUUUAUCUAGUAUUCAGAUAGAGAGAGAUAUAUAUAUAUAUAUAUAUAGUAUUCAGAUCCGUUACUUUAAGAGAAAGUUAUAAUAACUUACUGUAAAAAUACUCUAUUACAAGUAAAAGUCCUGCAUUAAAAAUGUGACUUAAGUAUAAUCAGGUAGAGAAGAGUAAAAGCACUCACUGCAGAAAGAAAAAUGUUUUUUGACUGUUUUAAUCUUUUAUGCAUGUUGUAUUAUUACUGUUUAUGUCUUUUAUAUUUGUUUGUUUUUUAUCCUUAACUUGCUCUUAUAUGUAAGUCUGUCCAUGGACUAAUAUAUAAAUUGGAGAUAAAGAGGAUCAUAUUCAUGUUGUUUAUUUCUUAAAGGGGAAAAGUAACCUGUUGAGCUGCAUCUGCUCCUUCUGUUGUCUCAUUAUUCCAAAAAUAUUUUAUUUUUCUUAGAUUUUUUUUAUUUAUUUUUUUACAUUCUUUUUGUUAUUUAGUUUGAAAAUCAGCUUUUUGUUUAUAUUGUCGACCAUUUCACAUCUAAAAUUAUUUCAUUUAGUUUCUGAUUUAUAGUUUCUGGUUUGUUUAAACUUUUUAUGUGUCAUUUUAAAUUGUUUUUUUUUUUUUAUUAUUAUGACUUGUGUGUGUGAAGCCAUGAAGACCAGGAACCACUUCUAGGAAGCUGAUUUCACAAUGUAAUUUACACCCAGCAACAACUCAGUCGUCACUAAUACUAUUAAUAUUUGGCCCAGAUGUAGGGUCUAGGUCUACUUUCUUGUGUUGUAGUACUUCUGUCAUUCUCUUUUAUUAAUAAAUUCUUAAAAGACAA